UGCUACUGCAAUUAUCUAGCUAGGGUUGGUUGGAUUUGGUCGGUAAUGCCAAUCACACCAUUGCCGCUCUCCCUCUCUCUCUGCCUCCUUCCUUUCUUCACACCAUUGCCGCCGGAGAGAGAGAGAGACGGUGAUUCAAGCCCAACAUGUGGAGACUCUCACAGUCACAGAGAAACUUCACUACUUCUACUACUACUGCUGCUGCUCCUGUUAUGAAGAAAGUUUUUUCUUCUUCUUCUCAGAAGCAUCACUCUAGCUCACCGGUUACCAAUGAAAGACUGGCCGAGGAAAUCGCCCAAAUACUCAAGUUCCAAAACUGGAACUUGCUCUUGGAACAAUCAGACAUACCCAAGAGGCUUAACGCCGAUGUUGUUCGAACCGUCCUCGACAAACACCAGGUGGGUGAUCCCAACCGCCUCCUUAAUUUCUUCUCCUGGUACGAACGCAAAAUGGGCGCUGUCCAGGAUUUGAAUAUUUUGGCAAAGCUAGCUGUUCCUCUCUGUAAUUCUCGUUAUUAUCGGCAUGCAAUUGAUAUAAUUCAAAGAAUGAUCAGGAUGCGCUCCUCUCCGCGUGAGAUUUUGGGUUCAAUUGCAAGUUGUUAUGGAGAUUGUAAUGGGUCUAGUCCUCCGACCCUAAAGUUUUUGAUAUACUGA